AUGAACGCAGAACUAUCAGUAAAGAAAAGAUGUACUCAAGAUAAAUUAGAUAUUAUAAAUGAUAAAAAAAAUCAUAGAAAACUUUUAAACUUUAAUAAUGACUAUUAUAAUUCUUCAAGUGAAGAAGAUAAUGGAAGUUUAAGUCGAGUUUCAAGUAAUAAUAUAGAAUUAUCGGAUUCAAAACCUUUGAAAUCUCAACAACUUGAACAAGAAUCGACUACUACUUCAUUAUCUGAUACUACUACUACUACUACUAAUAAUAAUAAUAAUAAUAAUAAUAAUAAUAAUAAUAAUAAUAAUAAUAAUGGUAUUAAUUGUCAAAUUUGUGAACCAACUACCCCUAAUCAAGAAAUUAGACAGAGAACAUUUGUAAAUGAUCAAAAGAAAAUACUGCACAAAUUAAAAUAUAAAAAAUCAUUAUCCUCAUUAACUUUGGAUUCGCUUGUUGAGCAUGUUUCAAAUAAUGAAAAUGGUCGAUUAAAUAAUAAAAAAAGAAAAGAUCGAAAAUUCCCAAAUUCAAAAUAUAUUUCCAGAUUUAAUGAUAUUUCUUUCCAAUCUUUUAGUUCGACGAUUUUCGAUUCUGAUGAAUUUAUGAAAUCUCAAUUUUAUGGUAUUUAUGUUUUAUUUUGGUUAGCUACUGCAUUUAUGAUGUUUAAUAAUUUAAUUCAUAUUCAAUUUGAAGGUAGUAUAUCUAUAUUAGAUUGGAAAGUUAUGAAAUUAUUUAAAAAAGAUUUAAUUAAAGUAGGACUUACUGAUUUGUUCAUGUAUUUAUCUACGUAUUUUGCUUUUUUAAUUCAAUUUGCUUGUAAAAAAAAUUAUAUUACAUGGACAACAUUGGGUUGGAUUAUACAAAGUGUAUAUAAUUUUAUAUUUGGUGCCUUUUGGUUAAUUUUUGCAUCUGAAUAUUAUAUGAAUUUCCCAUGGUUAGCAAAAGUUUUUUUAUUAUUACACAGUUUAGUAUUUAUAAUGAAAAUGCAUUCAUAUGGUUUUUAUAAUGGAUAUUUAUGGCAAAUUUAUUAUGAAGGUUUAUUUUCUGAAGAUUAUUUAGAAAAAUUAAUCAAUAAACAAGUUGAAUUACCAAAAAAAUUUGAUUUAAAAGAUACUGAACGUGCAUUAAUGGAAAGUCUAGCUUUUACAAAAUAUGAAUUAGAAUAUCAAACAAAUGCAACUACUGAUGAUUCAAAUUUAAUUAAAAAUUUACAUGCAUUUGAUGAAAAAAGAUAUCUUACAAGUUUUGAUGAUUUACAACAACAAGGUUUAAUUAAAUUCCCACAAAAUAUUACUUUAUUUAAUUUUUUUCAAUAUUCAAUGUUUCCUACUUUAGUUUAUACUUUAAAUUUCCCAAGAACUAAUAAAAUAAGAUGGUCAUUUGUAUUUACUAAAACUUUGGGUAUAUUUGGAAUUAUAUUUUUAAUGAUGUUAAUUGCUGAAAAUAAUUUUUAUCCAUUAAUUGCAAGAUGUGAAAUUGUACAUAAAUCACCAAUUAAUGAGAGAAUACCACAAUAUUUUUUUAUAUUAUUAGAUAUGAUUCCAAGUUUUCUUAUGGAAUAUUUAUUUACGUUUUUUUUAAUUUGGGAUGCUAUUUUAAAUGAUUUAGCUGAAUUGACAUAUUUUGCUGAUCGAAAUUUUUAUGGUCCAUGGUGGUCAUGUACUGAUUUUUCCGAUUUUGCAAGAUUAUGGAAUAUUCCUGUUCAUAAUUUUUUAUUAAGACAUGUUUAUCAUUCAUCAAUUAGUGCUUUAAAAGUUAAUAAAAUUCAUGCUGCUUUAAUAACUUUUGUUUUAUCUAGUAUUGUUCAUGAAUUGGUAAUGUAUGUCAUUUUCAAUAAUUUAAGAGGUUAUUUAUUAUUAUUUCAAAUGUCACAAAUUCCGUUAAUAAUGAUGGCAAAAACUAAAUUCAUGAGAGAUAAAAAGAUAUUGGGUAAUAUAAUUUGUUGGGUUGGUUUUAUAAGUGGACCAAGUAUUAUAUGUACAUUGUAUUUAAUAUUUUAA